AUGAGCGCCGUCGUCGCCGAAGUCGAGAAGCGCACGCAGACGUACCUGCCCCAGAUCGAGAGCGGCCGUGCGCUCACCGCCACGUCGCUGGCCACGCUGAGCCAGGAGCUGCCGGCCUUCCGCCAGAUCACGGGCAAGGUGCGCGACGUGUACGUGUUCGAGGACCGCGUGCUGCUCGUGUCGACGGACCGGCAGUCGGCCUUCGACCGCGCGCUGGCCUCCGUGCCCUUCAAGAGCCGCGUGCUGACGCUCACGAGCGUCUGGUGGUUCAACCAGACCAAGCACAUCGUGGCCAACCACCUGCUGGGCGUGCCACACCCGUCCGCCAUGCUGUGCCGCAAGUGCACGGUCUUCCCCGUCGAGUUCGUCGUGCGCGGCUACAUCACGGGCUCCACCAGCACCAGCAUGUGGACCAACUACAAGAACGGCAGCCGCGACUUCUGCGGCCACAAGCUGCCGGACGGCUUCAAGCAGCACCAGAAGCUGCCCGAGAACCUCGUGACCCCCACGACCAAGGACGACGAGCACGACGAGCUCAUCUCCGGUCUGGAGGUGGUGAGCAGCGGCCGCAUGACCCAGGAGCAGUGGGACUUCUGCGAGAAGAAGACGCUCGAGCUGUUCGCGUUCGGCCAGGAGCAGGCCGCCAAGCGCGGCUUGAUCCUCGUGGACACCAAGUACGAGUUCGGCGUCGACGAGGCCACGGGCGAGAUCCUGCUCAUCGACGAGAUCCACACGCCCGACUCGAGCCGCUAUUGGCUGGCCGACUCGUACGAGCAGCGCUUGGCCGAGGGCAAGUCGCCCGAGAACAUCGACAAGGAGUUCCUGCGUCUGUGGUUCAAGGAGCACUGCGACCCGUACAACGACGCCGUCCUGCCCGAGGCCCCCAAGGAGCUCGUGAGCGAGCUCUCGCGCCGCUACAUCCUGCUCUACGAGCUCAUCACCGGCUCGACGUUCGAGUUCCCCGCCCCUGACAGCAAGCCCGAGGACGAGUUGGUCGAGGGCGUGUGCAAGGCGCUGCUUUCGAACUAG